AAAGUCUAUCUUCAAGAACACACAGACGAAGCGAAAUAUCUCAGUCAACAACAAAACACAUUCACAAUGGCCUCCCUCAUGCGUUCUGCGCCUCGCGCCAUCCGCCAGCUUCGCGCUCCUCGCAUCGCCAGCAAGAUCGCCCCAUUGACUUCCAUCCGGACUGACAUGCAUGACCACCGCGAUCCGCCUCGAGGCAACCCAAUCAUCUCAGACCGCUCUCCUCCAGACCCUCCCGUCGAGGAGGCUGUUGCUUUGAAGGACAACUACAAAUCUGGCUCCUACCUUGGAACCACCAAGCGUCUGCCUGAAUUCAACCUGAACGACAAGGUCGUGUUGGUCACAGGUGCUGCCAGAGGUCUGGGUCUCGUGCAGGCUGAGGCUUUGCUCGAGGCUGGUGCGACUGUCUACGCACUUGACCGUCUUCCGGAGCCGAGCAGAGAUUUCUACAGAGUGCAACAGAGAGCUGCUGAGGAGCUUGGCAGACUCCAACAUGAUGUUCGAAGUCAACGUCACCGGAGUCUUCAUGACCGCCCAAGCCGUCGCAAAAGAGAUGAUCCGCUGGGGCAACGGCGGCAGCAUCGCCAUGAUCGCCUCCAUGAGCGGCACAGUCGCUAA